GCGCCCCGUCCGCGAGCGCCUGCGCACUGGCCCGGAACCAAGAUGGCGGCGCCCAGCAGAGGCUACUGGACCGCGGUGCUCCUGGCGGCCGCGGCUCUAAAGUUGGCGGCCGCUGUGUCUGAGCCCACCACCGUGCCGUUUGACGUGAGACCCGGAGGCGUCGUGCAUUCCUUCUCCCAGGACGUAGGACCCGGGGGCAAGUUUACAUGUACAUUCACAUAUGCUUCCCAAGGAGGGACCAACGAGCAAUGGCAGAUGAGCCUGGGAACCAGUGAAGACAGUGAACACUUCACCUGUACUAUCUGGAGGCCGCAGGGGAAGUCUUACCUUUACUUCACACAGUUCAAGGCCGAGGUGCGGGGUGCUGAGAUCGAGUACGCCAUGGCCUAUUCCAAAGCCGCGUUUGAGAGAGAAAGUGAUAUCCCCCUGAAAAGCGAGGAGUUUGAAGUGACCAAGACAGCAGUGUCUCACAGGCCUGGCGCCUUCAAAGCUGAGCUCUCCAAGCUGGUGAUUGUAGCAAAGGCGGCGCACUCAGAGCUGUGACCCUCACCUGUUUUGGGCCCACCUCCGUCAGCACACUGGCCCUGACUCCUUGUCUGGGGCCCUGGUUCCUGCAGGAUCUGGCAUUGCCUUGCACAGGUCACACUGGCAUUCCAGCGAACUCUGGGCACUGUCGCCCGUCUCACCAGGGAAGGUGCAGGACACGCGCUGGCCGGCGCAGAGGGACUCCCUGGCUUUCCUGAAGUCAGACAUGCUGUGGUUUCCCCUCUGAGCCGCGAUGAAUGCCCCCACCCCCCGGACUGCCUUCUUACCCCACCCAGAACACCUCCAUUCAGAAGGAUGGGAAGACAUAGGACAAAUAAAUAAGUAACCGCCUUAGCCAGGGCUUCAUGGGGUCAGCACUGACGUGGAUUCCCACCGUCUUCCAGAUGCAGCGGAUGCAGACACUCCCCCAAGGGUCACUGGCACGUAGGUGCCAGCAGUGGUCCCAAGGCAGCCAGUGACAUGCCCACAAGGACUAGUCCCUCUGUCUUGACCACCAUGUUGCCUUGAAUCUACACUGUUGUGUCCUGGCACUAGCACCCCAGGGCAAGCCCUCUGUGCCCAUAGAUUCUGGCUUCAGGUGGGCUUUUGAAGUCAGAUGAAAGCAACAAAUCUUUAGAUUUACUUUAUGCUGUGUCUGUGAGUCAGUGAGUGUGAGUCUUUGUGAGGGGGCAUUGGAUCGGAAGCUGGAGUUACAGAGAGUUGUGAACCACCUGUGGGUGCUGGGAGUCAAACCUAGGUCCUCUACAAAGGAGCCAGUGCUCCUAACUGCUGAGCCACCUUUACAGUCCCAGUGAGAAAGUUUAAAAACAACAAAAACAGUUCUGUAGACAAACCUACAUAAGCCCUAAAGUAUCCCAGCCUUUCAGAGGGACCUUGUUGCCCCCCAGCUUUGACCUUGGGGCCUGACCUUCGCUGCAUAUCCAGUGAAAGACCAAGGCUCUCAGACAGGCCUGUGUCUCAGGGGACACUGAGUCCUCUGGAUGGGGGGGGUGAGUGCGGUGUCCCACAGCCAGGGCCAAGUGCCCUCCUGCUGCCCCUUGAGCUCCAAGGAAGGGACCCUAGGGAAAGGCAAGGGAAUCUCUGUGAGUUGGAGGCUAACCUAGGCUACACAGUGAGUUCAGGACUGCACAGUGGGACCCAGCCUCAAGAAAUAUUCAUUGGGAUCCAAGGACAUGCGCUUCUACCCUGGGAAGACAGCCACCAGCGGUGGCUAAGGGGCCUGAAGUUCCAGGGGUUCUGAAAUGUGGAUGUGGGUAGCACAGUCCUAGCCCUCAAGCCCCUGGGUAGAAAAGUAUACAGGAUGAUGUGAGGGCACAGGCUACCUGGCUCCUAUGUGCCUUUUUAGGGUCCUCAGAUGUUACCAGGGAUCUAAACCAGGUAAAGCUGGGUGCCAGGACACUGUCACUUCAGUUUUAGAGAUUUCUGUGGAGGGGGGGUGUUAGGAAUGGGGCCAGCAUCUCAAGCACAGGAGGCCAGUGGUGCCACUGAGCCACGUUCUGACCCUCAGAUCGUCUUACUGGAAGCCACAGCCACCGGCCUGUGCUUUUGAGCCAAGGAGAGGCGAUGUUACCUGGUGGGGGAGCUGUCCCCAUCCUGUCAUCGCUGGGCUGGGCAGAUUACUCUGUCUAGUUGCUUGAGAGCCAUGGAGCACAGUCUCGGGGCACAGGACAGCUUGUGGGAGUUGACCCUCCUCCCUCCAUGUGGCUGCCAGGAUUAGACAAACUCGGGUCCUCUGGCUUGGCAGCAAUCACCUCUACCCAUUGGUCCAUCCCACCAGCCCUACAACAGCUUUAAGUAUAUUUCUAGCCCAAGCCUGGAAGUACAGACUUGUGACCUUUAGUGUUCAAGCAGCGGAGGCAGGAGGAUUGUGAAGUCCAAGCCACCCUGGGCAUCUAAACCUAAAAGGAAACGGCUGGCGGUGGGGCAGCUCGCUGGCCUCUGCAUGGCAUUCACGAGGUGACAAUAAAGUGCUAUGUCCUGGGUUCA